AUGGCAGGACGAGGUUGUGGUCAACGUGGUGAUAAUGGUUGGAGCGAAUGGGGUGGCUAUAUGGCUGCAAAAAAACGUAAAUUAGAAGAACAAUUUGAUAAAGAUUGUUCAAAUAAUGCUAAACAACUUGAACGAAAAAGUAAUAUAUUUCAUGGAAUUUCUAUAUUUGUUGAUGGACAUACUGAACCUCCAGCUGAUGAAUUAAAAAAAUUAAUGAUGGAACAUGGUGGUGUUUAUCAUGCAUAUUAUUCCAAAGAUAAAGUAACUUAUUUUAUAUCAAAUAAUUUACCAUAUGCAAAAAUACGUAAACUUAAACCGAAUGAUAAAGUUGUUCGCUCACAAUGGAUAACUGAUAGUAUAAAACAAAAUAAACUUUUACCAACAUAUGAUUAUGAAAUGUAUAAAGAUAUAACAAAAUCUCGUGGACAAACUGAACUUAAUUUUAAACGUACUGAACCAAUGAGACCAAUAACAUCUGAUUUUAAUGUUCCAAAUAGUGAUGAAGAAGAAAAUAAUUCUAUAGAAAAAUCUUCAUCAUCAUCAGAAACUGAAGAUAUUCAAGCAGAAGAGGAUGAUCAUUUAUCAGCACUUGAUGCAAAACAUCCGAAAUUUUUAGAAACAUUUCUUAAACGUUCACGUUUACAUUAUUUAUCAUCAACAGCUGUUGCAAAAAAAGUUUAUGUACAAGAUUUACGUCAAAAGCUUGAACAUCGUCAACUAAUUGAAAAACGACGUGAAGAAUUAAAAAAUAAUAUUCAAAGAAGUGAACGUGAUUAUUUAUUUAAAUUAAAUGAUGAAAAAAAAGAUAAAAUUUAUAUGCAUAUUGAUAUGGAUUGUUUUUUUGUAUCUGUCGCAACAAGAAAUCAACCAGAAUUAAGAGAUCAACCUAUUGCAAUAACACAUUCAAAAGGAAAAAAAUCUACAACAACUAAUGAACAUCAAUUUUAUUCUCGAUCAGAACUUGCAUCUUGUAAUUAUGCUGCUCGACAAUAUGGUAUUAAAAAUGGAAUGUAUUUAGGUAAAGCACAAGAAUUAUGUCGAAAUCAUCAAGCUAAACUUCUAUGUUUACCAUAUGAUUAUGAAGGUUUUCAUGAAGUAUCUGAUCGUUUUUAUGAUAUAAUACUUAGUUAUACACUUGAUGUUGAAGCUGUAUCAUGUGAUGAAAUGUAUAUUGAUUUAACUGAAUUAAUUCUUUAUCUUAAACCACUUCAUCCAUUAACAUUUGUUUCCUUAUUACGUGAAGAGAUACAAUUAAAUACCAAAUGUCCAUGUUCAGCUGGAUUAGCAUCAAAUAUGCUUUUAGCUCGUUUAGCAACACGACAAGCUAAACCAAAUGGACAAUGUUAUAUUGAAAAAGGUUAUGAACAAGAAUUUAUAUCAAAACAAAAAAUUAUUGAUUUACCAGGUAUUGGUUCGUCAAUAUUAGAUAAAUUACAACAAACAUCUCUACACAAGUCUAUUGAAACAUGUAAACAUGUACAAAAUUUAUUUUCUCUAGAAAAAUUAAAAUCUGUUUUGGGUACAAAACAAGGACAAACUAUUUAUGAUAUGACACGAGGUAAUGAUAUACGAACACUAGCAAAAGAUUAUUCACCAAAAUCUAUAUCUAUUGAUAUUAAUUAUGGAAUAAGAUUUCAAACAUUUGACGAAUUAAAUUUAUUUAUUAAACAAUUAGCAACGGAAUUACAGAAACGUUUACAACAAGCGAAACAAAAAGGCAAACAAUUAACAGUUAAAAUACGUGUAAGAUCUGUAAAUGCACCGAUUGUAACCGAAAAAUUUAUGGGUUGUGGAAAAACUGAUGAUUCAAGUCGAUUAGUUAAUCUUCAUUCAUUUACAGAUGAUCUAACAAUUAUCGAAUUAGAAACUAUUAAAUUAUUAAAACAAAUGAAUUUUGUUGUUUCGGAUUUACGUGGAAUUGGUAUAACAAUAACACAAUUGCAAUCAACAAUUAAAAAUAGUCAUGGUAAAGAUAUGCAUGGAACUCGAACUUUAUUCGAUUGUAAUCAAUUUCGAGUACCUAAACUUACAAUAACAACAGAUGAUAUUCAAAAUAUAGAUGAACCUAGUGAAAGUUCUGUAACAAGAAAACGUCCUAUACAACAAGAUCAAACAACAUCAGUUGUUCCAAAAAAAUUAACACGACAUGAUUGUUAUACUCCAGGACAAAUUGAUCCUCGUGUAAUGAAUGAACUUCCAGCUGAAAUUCGUCAAGAAGUUGAAGAACAUCUUAAAAAUCCUCCAACAACACUUGGCAUCAAUUCAGAAUUACAUCAAAUUAAUAUUGCUGAAAAAUCAUUUACUCAAGUAAUGGAUCAUUUAGAUGAAGCUGUUCUUAAUGAACUCCCACCUGAAAUGCGUCGUGAAAUAACAAUUGCACAAAAAUUACGAAAAAUUGAAUCAAAAUAUCCACCAGUCGGUGGAAAACGACUUGUAUCUGCUCCUGUUUCUUCCACUUUGAUAAAUAAAGAAAAAAGUAAUGCAUUUAAUGUUCUAAUGAAUUCUCCACAAAAACAACCAAUACCAAAGAAAACAACGAAUCCAAUUAAAAAAUGGCAUACAGAAACAAUUCUUAAUGAAGAAAAUACUGUUCCUAUUCCUCUCAAUGAAAAAAAACUUAAUACAAAUCAACAACAACAACAACAACAACCAAGUAUUGCUGGUUGUACAUCAUUAAAUGAUGUUAAAUUAAUGUUACGUGAAUGGAUUGAAUCAAGUGAUGAACCAAAUCAAAUAGAUCUUGAUCUAUUUCAAAAUUAUCUAUUCGAUUUAUUAAAUUCUUAUAAUGCAGAAAUGGUUCAUCAAUUAUUAAUCUAUGGUUUAUUACAAUUAAAAACAUUAACAAAAACAAUUUGGACUGACAAUUUUCAAAUUCUAAUCGAUUCUGUACAAACACGUUUUCGUCAAAUGUAUGGUGGUGCAACCAUGGAUCUUUCAUAA